GUAUUUCCUUAAACAAUAGAUACUCGUUUGAACAAACAUCAUCGUACUGUACUCAAAGAUAAUAUAUAAAUAAAAACAGCGGCCAAUGAGGUGCUCGCUUAGAGCAUGUCACCAGUGAUAUCACUCGCUUUUCACCUGAUAAGAUAAAAUGUACCGAGAUCUAAAGUUGUUCUUGCAGUGUGUUGGCUAUUGUCGAGGAAAAUGUAUUUUCCGGCUGUGUUAACGAUAACAAUCGUCCUUGUAUCAUCAAACCGAGCUGGGGCUGACGCGCCUAGUGCCCCUUGCGAUAUAUCCGUAGAAGAUACAAGUAACCUUACGCUGAACUGCUCACGACGAGACAUCGUUAAGAUACCUAAUUGGCCGGAACAAAUAAACAACAUAAGCAAAGAUGGUCACGUCCUAGUGACGUUUUUCAACAACAGCAUUACAAAUAUAACGCAACUGAGUCCGAUACCGGGGAACAGGAUCGCGAUCAGUUUCAAAUCAAAUCGCGUUAUUGAAAUCGAAGAUGACGCUUUCAGGAACAUCCCGCGAUUGGUCUAUUUGGAUCUCAGCAAUAAUAAAAUUUCAGGUCAAGUUCUCAGGAGUGAGAUAUUCCAAGGACCUUACGAAGAUGGGAUCUACCGUGAGAUUGCUUUGGAGACACUCAAUCUUGGUUAUAAUGAGAUCCACUCAUUGGACAGAUAUUUGUUUAAAUAUACGCCGAACUUAACGAGAUUGUACUUAAACAAUAACCCUAUUGAAAUACUUGACCACGUUUCAAUACUCGCCAUUUCUAGCGCCACGAAUCUAGAGGUUCUCGACUUGUCCAAAACCGAUAUCGACAGUAUACCAUUGGACGCUUUUAGAGGAUUGGUAAAAUUACAACAGAUCGAUUUAUCGGAUAAUCAUUUUGUAACCGUACCUGAGAGUUUGAGCCUCGUAGGGAGCACCCUCAAAUACCUCACGUUCAACAAUAAUCCCGUUGUGGAACUGAACGACGACAGUUUCGUAGGAUUGUCAAAUGUGAUAGAAUUAGAGGUAGGCGAAAACGAUUAUUUGGACGAAGUUAAACGGGGCACAUUCACACCUUUGAAAAGCUUGAAGGUCCUGCAUUUAUGUCACAAUCGCAACUUGCGAUAUAUCAGUCACAAUGCUUUUAGGGGACUAAAAGAUAAGUGGACCUUGAAGGAGGUGUAUCUAGAUGACAAUAAUUUAAGUGAGUUGUCUCCUGAUCUUAUGCCAUGGAGCAAACUGGAUGUUCUCGGGAUGACUGGUAAUAGCUGGCUGUGUAAUUGUGAUCUGGUCAACAUUGUUAAUAAACAGGGUGCUGGUGAUAAGUUCAAGUCUGAUGAAGUCCCUUAUUGUGCUGCUCCUAUGAGAUUGAGUGGAGAAUACAUUACAAAUAUUACUAUCAACUUUUGUCCAAUGUUAGACAAGACAUUUUCACCUAGGAAGACUUUUAGUUUAUCCGAUUUGAGGCCAAAACAUGUUCUAUGGACAAUCCUUGCCGUUGCAAUGGUAGCUGCGUUUGGCAUGAUCUUGGGACUUCUUGUUAAUGCAAUCAAGAAAGUAUAUAAGACAAGGUUCCAAAGUCAACCAAUUCACUAUAUUAAUAUUAACUCAGACAGCUCGUUUGCAUGACGAGUUGUGGUAUUAUUAUUAUUUUAUUAAGUUGUUUUAUAAGAAAAUUUAGAGUGUAAAACAUAUUAUAUUACGUGUAUUAAAUGUUAAAGAUUAACAAA